GAGAUAUUUUUUAAAUCUUGGAGCUCAAAAUCUAUAAUGACAGUAGACUUAUUUUAAUUUCACUUGUAUUUAGAUCACCAGGAAGAGUAUUGUUUGCUCGAAGCAUUUCCGGCCUGAGGACUACAAGUACACACCGGUAAGGAGGACCCUCAAGCAAGGAUCUGUGCCAUCCAUAUUCCUUGGAACUUGGAAAAUAUUAAGUCCAGAAAAGCACCAGCCAUCCGUCAUCCACUGAUGCCAAAACAAGUAAUUUCAUGGGAAAGUCCUGAAAAUGCAAACUCCAUGUCAGAUUGUGACCCUCAUGCAGAAGGCGAGCACCAGUUGUCAGCUCAGACCAAGACAGAUAUCAGUCUGUUUGAUUCACAGGUGCUUCUAAAAAGAAUUCAAGAGCUUGAGGAGGAGAAAGAUUUGUUAAGACAACAGCUCAUCCUUGAGAGAUUUGGACUGGAAAGAUUUGCUGGAAAUGAUGAUAUGAUCCAGUACUACGCAUCUUUUCGUAGCUAUAAAUUGUUCAAACAGUUCUUUGACUUUGUAAAACCAAGUGCCUCCAAUAUGUGCAGUAUGUAUUAUACAUGCUCAAAUGCCCGUUCUCUUGCAGGUAGACCAAGAAAUAGGGCCCUUAUUGAUGAAAUGUUCAUGUUUUUUGUACGCCUUAGGCUUGGUUUACCAGAACAGGAUCUUGCUGUUCGUUUUAACUGCCAUAUUUCGACUGUUAGUCGAAAAAUUAUCACCUGGGCAGAUUUUCUCUAUUUUGUUCUUGGAUCAGUUCCUAUCUGGCCUUCCAGAGUGACAGUAGACAGACACAUGCCUCCUGAGUUUCAGAUAACUUACUUAUCUACAAGAGUCAUUUUAGAUUGUACUGAGCGCAGGAUCUAAAUUCCCUCAGCUUUGGUGUUAAAUUCCAUGUUUUACUCCCAUUACAAGAGCUCUUGCACUCUGAAAGGUCCGAUUGGCAUUGCCCCAAAUGGUGCUAUUACCUUUGUAUCUAAUUUGUACACAGGUGUCAUGUCAGAUGUUGAAAUUACUAAACUGUCUGGCAUUCUAGAUUUGCUGGAACCUGGGGACAGUGUUAUGACUGACAAGUGUUUACUAUUGCCAGUAUACUGAGUGAGAAAGGUGUUGGUCUGAACAUUCCUCCAUUUCUGUAUUCCUCUGGACAGUUCACGCCUAGUGAAGUAUGGGAGACACAGUCCAUUGCAUCCCUUAGGAUUCAUGUAGAAAGAUUGAUCAGAAGGGUUAAAGAGAAUCACCUGUUUGAUUCUACAGUCUCUCUUGCUGAACUGGGCAGCAUUAAUCAGUUGUGGACUGUAGCAUGCAUUA